CUCAGAACCAUCUCAUCCUCACACACACUGAGAAUAAUUAGAUACUAUAAGUCUUCAGUAGGUCAUUAGAACUAUCACUUAAAAUGGAGUUCUGCUUUGGAUUAUUUCAGACACGUGGAUCCAAGAUCUCAUGGACCAGCCAGAUGCUUCUUUGUUCAAUGCUGUGCAUGUGGACUACUGUGGAGAGCUGGUCUUACUUCUACUCCAACACCACUAUGGAUUGGGAGCAAGCUAGAUCCUGGUGCAGGGAGAACUACACGGACAUGGUGGCCAUCCAGAACCAGGACGAGAUCGGGCAUCUCAACGCCUGGCUGCCCAGGGCACCCACUUACUACUGGAUUGGGAUCCGCAAGAUCGACAAUGUCUGGACCUGGGUGGGCACCAACAAGCCUCUGACAGCAGAAGCAACCAACUGGGCACAGGGUGAACCAAACAACGGCAAGCAGGGGCGUUCCGGGAAGAGGGAGGACUGUGUGGAGAUGUACAUAAAGAGGGAGAAGCAGACAGGCAAGUGGAAUGAUGAGCAGUGCAGCAAACAGAAGACCGCUCUGUGCUACACAGCGGCCUGUAAGAAUGACUCAUGUCGCUAUGGAGACUGCGUGGAAACCAUCAACAGCCACACGUGCGCUUGUUUCGAUGGCUUUUAUGGAGAGAAGUGUGAAGAGGUUGUUAAGUGUGAACAAAUGGAGGUGACUGUCCCUUAUAAAGGAAGUGUCAACUGCACUCACAAGUAUGGAAACUUCUCCUUCAACUCAUCGUGCGAGUAUUCCUGUGAGGAAGGAUACGAGCUGAGUAUGUCGAGACCCCUGAGAUGCACUGGCUCCAAAGAGUGGUCGGAGCAGCCUCCUACAUGUGAAGCCGUCCAGUGUCCGGAGCUGACUCGUCCUGAAGGAGGAUCCAUGAAUUGCUUCACUCCUCUGGGCCACUCGAGGUACCAGUCCACCUGUGUGUUUGCCUGUGACGAGGGCUACAUCCAAGCUGGUUCCUCCUCUGACACUCUGCAAUGUGAGGCAUCAGGACGGUGGAAUGCCUCGCAGCCGUCUUGUGUUGCUGUGCAGUUACCUGCUCGCCCGACGCUGGAGAAUGGCUUUGUCAGCUGUGGACCCACAGAUAUGAAGUUCAUCUACAGAAACACCUGCAGCUUCAGCUGCGGCCCUGGCUACCACCUGGUGGGACUGAACACGGUGACAUACACAUCAGCGGCUGAUUGGGGUGAAAACAUUCCUCGCUGUGAAGCAAUCACAUGUCAGGAUCCAGAGGGAGCUCCUCACCUGAUCACCACGUGCAGCAGCUCUUCCUCUGAGCUGCGGCUAGGCUCCACCUGCAGCUUCGACUGUGGAGCCGGCUUUGUGCUGCAGGGAGCAGACACCGUGCUGUGUUCUGAUGACGGGCGGUGGAGUGGAGCCAUACCUACCUGCAAAGCAAUGGAAUGUCCUGCCCCCGAGAUUCCAACAAGUGGCCGCAUCAGCUGCAGCCUCCCUCUGUCUUCACCUGCUUCUCCCGAGACCCCCCAUCCACUUGGUAUGGUCUGCACUUUUACCUGUGACGAAGGCCACGAGUUGGACGGUGCUCCCAGCAUGGAGUGUGAGGAUCCAGGCCAGUGGACCUCCUCACCACCCACGUGCACAGUUGUUAAGUGUGAACAAAAGGAGGUGACUGUCCCUUAUAAAGGAAGUGUCAACUGCACUCACAAGUACGGAAACUUCUCCUUCGACUCAUCGUGCGAGUAUUCCUGUGAGGAAGGAUACGAGCUGAGUAUGUCGAGACCCCUGAGAUGCACUGGCUCCAAAGAGUGGUCGGAGCAGCCUCCUACAUGUGAAGCCGUCCAGUGUCCGGAGCUGACUCGUCCUGAAGGAGGAUCCAUGAAUUGCUUCACUCCUCUGGGCCACUCGAGGUACCAGUCCACCUGUGUGUUUGCCUGUGACGAGGGCUACGUCCAAGCUGGUUCCUCCUCUGACACUCUGCAAUGUGAGGCAUCAGGACGGUGGAAUGCCUCGCAGCCGUCUUGUGUUGCGAUCACAUGUCAGGAUCCAGAGGGAGCUCCUCACCUGAUCACCACGUGCAGCAGCUCUUCCUCUGAGCUGCGGCUAGGCUCUACCUGCAGCUUCGACUGUGGAGCCGGCUUUGUGCUGCAGGGAGCAGACACCGUGCUGUGUUCUGAUGACGGGCGGUGGAGUGGAGCCAUACCUACCUGCAAAGCAAUGGAAUGUCCUGCCCCCGAGAUUCCAACAAGUGGCCGCAUCAGCUGCAGCCUCCCUCUGUCUUCACCUGCUUCUCCCGAGACCCCCCAUCCACUUGGUAUGGUCUGCACUUUUACCUGUGACGAAGGCCACGAGUUGGAAGGUGCUCCCAGCAUGGAGUGUGAGGAUCCAGGCCAGUGGACCUCCUCACCACCCACGUGCACAGCUCUAAGGUGCCCGUUGCUCGAGGCUCCAGAAAAUGGUGACAUCAACUGCUCAAACAGCGAGCUUGUGUUCAACUCUCAGUGCUCCUUCACGUGCACCCCAGAAUACUCCCUGGAUGGGCAUGAGCUGCUGAACUGUGAUCGCCAUGGCAACUGGACUGGGGAGAGACCCACCUGCCAAGCUUCCCCAUCCAAGAUGAGUGCUAUAACCUCUGGUGUGGCAGCAGGGGGCGCUCUGCUAAGUGGUCUGUUUCUUGUUAUUUGGAUCCUGAAACGACUGAAACAGAAGAAGAAAGACACAUUUGAGCUGAGCAGUAACUCCGACAUAGAGGCCCCUCCCCAGGUCUACAAAAACAGCUUUGACAGUCUCAUAUAGAGAUACACUCAGGAUCUUCAGGGGCAACUAAGGACAACGAUAGGCUGUGUGUCUUUAACUUAUCUGUAUGUGAGUCACCGAACAUAGUAAUGUCCUCAAUGUGAAUCCUCUUUGUUUGUAUAAAGCUUGUUUGAGUUUGAUAACAGGAAAACCCCAGUAUGUCAAAGCUAUCAGUGGUGAGAAGAAAUGUUUUCUUUAGAACUUUGCAUUCAUUUCAAUGAGUUUUGGUAAUGUUGUUCAGACAUGUACAGUAAAUCCUCCCAGGGGGGAUUCUAUAUAGAGCAUAUUGUUCGGCAGCUUUAUGUACAUGAUGGAAAUAUGCUUCUAUUCAUGUUAUUGCAAGUGUUACAUAACAUUGUGAGUGUGGUUGGACUGCUGUGUUAUUGCCGACCCGUGAAUACUUUUCUAUAUUGAUUCCAGUAUUUAUAUACUAUUUAUUUAAUGCAUUUGAACUGUUAAUAAAUAUUUAUGUAUCGACCUUA